UGAUUAUCCACAAUCCAGGUCAGCUAUCACUCUGCUCUGCUUGGGUUGAGGUGGAGAGAGUGAGGGUAAGGCAUGGAGAUGGGGUCGAAAGGUGGAGGAGACUACGGCGCCUUCAUGGAGAAAUUCGAGCUGGUGCCUCCUCAAUCUCAGGAGCAGCUCCCCCUGAGCGGCCUCACCUUUGCUGUCAAGGACAUCUUCGACAUCAGCGGCCGGGUCACUGGGUUCGGCAACCCGGACUGGGCGAGGACGCAUGCCCCCGCCGCCGCCACCUCCCCCGUCGUCCUGGCCACGCUGGCCGCUGGCGCCACCAGCAUCGGCACGACCGUCAUGGAUGAGAUGGCAUACAGCAUAAAUGGGGAGAACGCGCAUUACGGCACGCCGACUAAUCCGUGCGCCCCCGAUAGAGUUCCUGGGGGAUCCUCCAGUGGAUCAGCCGUCGCAGUGGCCGCGAAUCUUGUCGACUUUGCACUGGGCACGGACACCGGUGGGAGUGUCAGGGUACCUGCUGCCUAUUGUGGCAUAUUUGGACUCCGGCCUUCCCACGGAUUGGUUUCAAAAGAAAAUGUCAUUCCAAUGGCACAAAUGUUUGAUACUGUUGGGUGGCUGGCCAGAGAUCUCUCUACGUUAUCUCGUGUAAGCAACGUGCUGUUGCCGCUACCAGCUGACAACACUAUCAAGCAACCGACUCAAUUUACAGUUCCUACAGACUGUUUCCAGAUAUUAGGCUCUCCGAAUGACCAGACAUAUGAAAUUCUCAAUGCUUCAAUAGCCAAGAAAUUUGGUAGCCAUGCAGUAGACAAUAGGAACCUUGGUGAUUUCAUCUCCAAUAAUGUUCCGACUAUUGGAAAAUUCAUUGGUGACUUCUCCAAAAGCGAAGCGCCUUCUGUACCUGCUCUGUCUGUUAUUUCAUAUGUCAUGAGAUGCCUUCAAAGGUCUGAAUUCAAAGCUAACCACGCAGAGUGGGUCAACACCGUAAAGCCUAACCUCGGCCCUGGCAUCCGAGAGCGGGUACACGAGGCAAUUGCAUCAGGAGAUGGACCCAUUGGGGAUUUUCAUGCUGUGAGGACUGAAUUCAAGUCGGCACUUGCUGCUCUUGUCAAGGAUGAUGGAAUCCUUGCAAUCCCGACAGUUCCUGGUUCUCCACCAAAGCUGCACAUGGAGGCUGCUGCACUGGAAAACUUCCGUGCAAGAGCAUUCUCCCUGCUCUCGAUUGCUGGACUAUCUGGGGUUUGCCAGCUGAGCAUUCCGCUGGGCGUGCGCGAUGGUGUUCCAGUGUCAGUCUCGCUCAUGGCACGCCAUGGCGCGGACCAUUUCCUCCUGAAUGUAGCUCAUGAGCUGUACGAGACGCUCAAAGAGGAGGCCAAGAAAGCUUGGGGCUCAUCAGACUCCUCUCCUUGAGCCAUCAAUUAUACGCAAAACUGUUGUUCAAUCAAUUCUCGUUCGCUCUGUGUAUCCUGCUUGACUGGUUCUUGAUCUAGAUUUGGAUAUUGGUACAACAUUCUAUCCAUGCCAGGUGUAUACUCGUACUGAAAAGAGCGAGAGAAAAAACCUAUACAAGUUGUUUGCUUGAGUGUUUUUUUUUU